AUGAACUCGAACUAAAAAAAUACUGAAAGUUAAACCAAAAAUUACAAGUCAAAAAUCUAAAACUAUAUCAAACAAUAACAAAGAGAUUCAAAAAAGAAGGAUAUGACUAUUGAGAAAAUCCUUACAUAAAUGAUUAUUGAUUCUUUUAUUGGAGAAGAUGAAUAAAAGUUUUAGACUACAACAUUUGAUGUUAUUAAAGAAUCUUUAUGGUAAUAUUAAAUUUCAAGUAAUUUUAUCUAUUAAAGUAGAAUAAAUGCUCAAUAAGAUUAUAAAUAAAAAUGAUAAAAUAUUAGCAAUUAUUUCAUCUAUUUUGUUAAUCUUAGAUGGGUAUUUCAAUAUUAAAAGUAAUAAAAUUAAUUUGAUUUACUUAAGAGUGCCAUAUGUCUUAAUUUAUUAAAGUUUUUUUUUACUUCAAUCUACUGAAAAUUUCAGCAUACUAUUUGAAGUGGGUUUACAUAAAUCAAUUUAAGACUCCAAAUAAUAAGUAUAUCAAUAAAAUUAUUAUUAGAUUUAGUUUAUUUGUUUUGAUAUUAUUCAAAAAAUCACUCUUAUUGAUAUUUUCUUUUAUCAAAAAGGAUCAGAAAUUACAGAUACAAUUUUAGAUUAUUAGAGAAAUAAUUUCCAAGACUUUUAUAGAUCUGAUCUAAACUAAAUAGAAUGUAUUAGUCUUCCAUUAACAGGAAUUAAUGCUAAAUCAUAAAACUACUUAUUUAAAUUUGAAAAGUAACUUUGGCCUGAAUCUAUUUAUUAAUCAUAAAGACUAAAAUUUAUAUAAUGGAUUCCUUUACAAUUUAAAUAACUCAUGGAAUAAAAAUAAAAUAUGUUGUUUAAAGGAUAGUAUAUGAAGAAAUCUUUUCAUGAAAAAUUAAAUAUUCAAUUUUAUUAUGAAGAUAUUGGAAAUUAAAAUAAAUAUAAAUUGAUAUAAUUUGCAGAUUUUGAAUCUGCAGGGCAAAUUUUAGAUCUGCUUUAAAAAUCUUAAUAAUUUAAAAUUAAAUUAUCAAAUUAGGAAAAGUAAAUUGUCGGAACAAAGAAUAAUGCAUUAGUUAUUGGUAGAAGUGGAACAGGAAAAACAACAAGUAUUGUCUUAAGAAUAUUUGCAACAGAAAUGUUAGUGAAAGUCAGAAGUAAAUUACUAGGUUAAAAAAGAAUAUAAUUUUUGUAAGACUAUUAGAAUAAAGAUAUUCAAAUACAUUCAAUAUUUUCAACAGCUAAUAAAUUUUUAGUUUAAGAAGUUGAAAAAUAUUAUCAUAAAUUAGAAAGAUAAGCUUCAGAUGCUAUAAUAAAACAUAGAUAGACAUAAACAUUCAAUUUGGAUGAAUCCUUGUAAUUAUUAUUAUAUAAUUAGUGUUUCAAUUAAUGAAAGUGUUAUUACAAACUAUGAAUACGAUGUAUUAGAUUUUAUUUUACAAGAGGAUAAAUGUUAAAAUUCUCAAUAAGAAAAUAUUUCUUAAUUGGAAAAUUCAAAAUCGAAUUAAAAAUCUUUUUAAUAAAUUAAUUUUCCUGGUUUUUUAUCAGUAGAAUAAAUCUUAAUAUUUUUAGAUAAACAAUCUUAAAAUCCAUUUUUCUCUGAUGAAAGGAUCAAUAAAUUUAGAGAUAAACAUAGAGAUAAAAUAGGUUUCUUAGAUCAUAAUGGCAUAAAUUUAGAUGAAUGGUUUCCUUAAUCAAAUAAAUAUUAACAAACUAAAUAUUAAUUUUCAACUUUCUAAAGUAAUAAGAAUAUAAAAGAAAUUAUUAUACCUGAGGUUGACUUCAUGUUAUUUUAUUUAUAAUUUUGGCCUUAAGAAGCUAGAAAAGUAAGACAUAAUUUUUAUGAUAUUGCUCUUCCUUCAUUAAUAUGGACAUAGAUUUAUUCAUACAUUAAGGGUUCCUAAUAUUCAUACAUGUAUCCUAAUAGAUAUCUUCCAUUCCAGUUAUAUAAAGAAAGAGUUGAAAAUUAUUUAACUGAAGCAUAAAUUCAAGAAAUUUAUUAAUGUUUUGAAAAUUAUGAAAAAUGGAAAGAAGAAUAAAAAUUAUUUGAUUAAUUAGAUAUUAUCAAUUCCUUGCUGAAAAAUAUAGAAUAAAAUUAAUUAAUUAAAUUUCCUAUCCACUAUUCGUAUGUAGAUGAAGUUUAAGAUUUACCUUAAGCUAUGAUUGAACUUUUUUGUAAAAUAACAGAAUAAGGAGUAAUAUUUUGUGGGGAUACUGCUUAAAGUAUUCUAAAAGGAAUUGGAUUUAGAUUUUCUGAUUUAUAAACUAUUUUUAAAACCUCUAAAUAAAUAGGAUCAAAUUAAAUAGAGAAAUUUUAAGUCUAUCAACUAACAACUAAUUUUAGAUCUCAUAAUAGUAUUCUAUAAUUAGCAAAUUGCAUAAUUAUUUUAUUAGAGUUAUUAUUUCCAAAUAGCUUAGAUCAUUUAUAAAAAGAAAUCUCAAAUUUAAAGGGUCCUAAACCUAUAAUAAUAUCUAAUAAUAAACCAGAAUUAAUAAAUGAUUAUUUAAAUUUAGAUUGUGAUGCUGAAGAACAAUGUGAUGUAGAAUUUGGAUUUAAUUAAGUUAUAAUUGUGAAAAAUUAAGAAGCAAAAGAAGCACUUCCAAAAUAAUUUAAAACAGCUAGAGUUCUAACAACAUAUCAAGCAAAAGGAUUAGAAUUUGAUGAUGUUAUUAUCUAUAAUUGUUUUAGUACUGAUCCAAUUCCUUAAGAGUAAUGGUCUUUGUUAGCUUGCAUAGAUGUAGAUUAAACUUAUAUAGAUAAGUAAGUUUUUGAAGAAUCCAUAACAAGUAUUUAAAAAUAUAUAUGAAUUAGAAUAUUAAGAAUAAAAUAACACAAAUGAUUGGGAAUUAACAAAAGAUGCAUAAUAUGUAAUUUAAAAAAAAUUAAAAUUAAAUUAAAGAUAUGACAAAACAAAAGUUAAUGAGUAUUCAAGUCUAUGUAAUGAAUUAAAAAUGUUAUAUGUGUGUAUUACAAGAGCUAAAAAGAGGGUUAUUAUAUAUGAUGAUGAACCAGCUUAAAGAUCUCAUCUAGAAAGGAUUCUAAAAAAAUAUAAUGUUUGUGAUUUUAUAGAGGAAUAUUCACAAAUUUUAUAAUUAGCCCAAAAUAGAUAGGAAGAAUUAAGAUAAAAAUAAUUAUUUAUUUAAAAGACAGAAGAAUAAUAGAAUGAGUUCUAAGAAGGUUAAUAAAAAUAUAAACGAAGAAUAUUAAAUGAAUAAUAAAAAUAAAAUUGGGAAUAGUAAGGAUAAUUAAUGUUUUAAAAAAAACUAUAUGAUGAAGCUGAGAAAUGUUUUUAAAUAUGCCAAAAUUAAAAGAUGGAAUAUUUAUCCUCAGCAUUCAAUAUUGCUACCAAAGGAUCUUUAAAAUUAGCAAAUUAUAAAUCAUACAAAAUUAAAUUUUAAACAGCUGCCACUUUAGAUUUAAAGAAAAAAAUAGAACAAUUAGAACAAUAAUUAAGAUAAGAUUUUUAAUGUGCAGCUUUUAAAUUUUUAGAUCCUCUAAUAAAUGAUUAAUUUCAAGCUGCAAAUUGUUUUUAUUCUGGAAUGAUGUAUGAAGAUAGCACUAUUUUGUUUUUAAAUUUAAAGCUUUAUCCAUAAGCUGCAAAGAGUGCAAAGAAAUUAAAAUAAAUAUUACUUGCAAUAAUUAUUUACUAUAAAAUAGGUAGAUUGACCAAAGUAUUAAAACUAUUAUCAAAUAGAUAUUAAGAUGAAUUCUUCAAAUAUGAAGUUUUAAAGUUAUGUUUUUCUAGGAAUCUUUUAGAUAAAGACGAAAUUAAAUAAUAUCUACUGAAAUAAAUGAAGGAAAAAUAUAAUAUUUUUUAUUAAUUAGUUGAAAAAUCAAAAAAUAUUAAAAACUAUAUUAUAAAUAAAGAAAAAUUUAUAUUGGAGAAUUUUUCAAAAAAUAUUUUAGCCAAAGUUGCAGUUAAAGAUCUUUUUGAUUAAGAAUUGAAUGCAAUACUUGAUUCUUAAAUUUAUAUUAAAGAUGAUCUAGAAGAGAUGAUGUUUGAGUAACUGAAAGUUUUUUGGAAUUAAUAUUUCGAAAUUAUUGACUAAAAUAUGAUUAUGAAUAAUCACAAUAAAGAAAAUAUUUCUAAAAUCUUUGAGGAAAAAUAAAUCAAAAUAGAUGAAAUAUUGUAAGAAUUUGCUAUUGAAGUAUUAUAAUAGUUGAAUCAAUAUUAAAUUUUAAUUGUCCUAUACCCAUAAAAAUUAUCAUUAUUAUAUAAAUAUUUCCCAAGUUUGAACUUUAAAACAUUAGAAAUUAAAGAGUAAUAUUACCCAAAAAUAAUUGAUAAUUAGAUUUCACUUUUAGAAUUAUUCUUUUUAGGUUAAUUUGAAGUACUUAAAGAAACUCUUAAAUAUUAAAAUGAGGAUUAAAAAUUAUAAUUUCAAGAAUUUUUUGAUUUAUUAUUAGAAAAGGAAUAAAUUCUAGAAAUAAAAAAUUAAAAUUUAUUUCUUAUUAAGAGCUAUUAUCUUCUAGGGUAUUAUUCAUAAGUAUAUAAGAAAUAUAAACCUAUGAUAUUUUCUUAGCGCAUGGAAGAAAUGAUUAAUAAAUAAUUUUCUUCGAGAUUUUCAUUAUUUUUUCAAUUUCAUUUUUCAAUUCAGUAAAAUAAAGAACUAAAUUAUAAAGAUAUGGAUAAAUUAUUAAAUCUUUAAAACUAAAAGGAAAAGUUUAUGAUAAUCUUGCAUUUUCUUUAUUAUGAAAAUGAAAAGUUCUAAAAUAAAUUUAUUUAGAGUUGUAAUUUUGAAUAGAUAUUAUAUCUUAAGAGACUAUUAUUGAUGGUUAAUAACUUAUUUAACUUAGACUAUGAAGAUUAUUAAAAUAAAGAAAAUAUAUUUUCAGCUAUUUGUUCUCUCAAUGGUAAAUAUGUUUCAGAAUCGAAAUUUCUAAAUGUUUUUGGUUAAAGCAUGCUAAUUCAAUUAUAAAUAAAUUCUAAUGAAUUUUAUUCUGAUUAAGAUAUAUAUUAGAAAAAUAUCGAAUUUAUAAAAAAAAUUUAAGACAGUGUAAAUUAAAGCAAUGAAGUAAUUUUUUAGUUCUUAUUUGAAGAAAUGAUUUAAAAAAACUCCUAUUAAAAUGAUAGUAAUUAUUAAUUUUUGCUUGAAAAUGAAAAUCUCAUUCCAUAUAUUAUAACAAUUAUUGACUAGUUGUGUUAUGACAUUAAUAAUGAUAAGAUUCCAAAAUUGAAUCAUAAAAAGUGUUUGAUUUAAGCCAUUCAAAUUCUUGAUUCAUUGAUAGUUUAGAUUCCUAUAUCUAUUCAAGAUAUAAUUAAAAAUCCAAAAACAGAUUAUGGUUUGAUGUCUAAUUUAGUAAGUUUUUAUACUUAUUGUAAAAACAUUAUAUCAAUAUAGUCUAUUGAGUAUUGGGUCAGAUUUCAUUAUAACAAUAACUAAAAUAAGUAUUAUCACUUAGAUAUUUUAAAACAUGAAAUUAAUUAAGUAAUCAUGAUUUUGAUUUUAUUUAUUUAUAGCGAUAAUUUUCAAUAGGAUAAUUAAUAAAAAUAAAAAGUAAUUCACCUUAAAUACUAAAUAAUUGAAAAUGACUAUUUCAUUGAAAACUAUGAUGAAUAAAAUUAAUGGAUCAAUGAAAUAGUAAACUUUCUAUCUAAAGAGAUAGAUAAUAAUAAAAACUUAAAGGAAAUUUAAUCUAAUUAAAGAAAAAUUUAAGAAUCUAAUUAAAUCUCAUAAAUUUAAGAAAAACCAUCACAACUAACUGUUGAGUCUUCAGUUUAAGAAAAUAAAUCUUUAGAUUUUAAUUAGUCCUUAGAAAAAACAGAAGAAUAGCAGUUAUCAGAUUAAGAAAAAUGGUCUUUCGAUAAAGGGAAAGAACUCUAAAAUAUUCAUGUAAUUAAUAAUAUUAAUAAUAAUAAUGAAUAAAAUGAAGUAUAAAGUAAAUUAUCUGAGUAAAAUUAAAAAGAAGCAUUAUUAGAAAAAGAACAAGAUAAAUAAAUUACAACCUCCCAAUCUUAAAAUUAGACUUAAACGUAAAAUCAAAAUAAGUAAGAGGAAUUUUAUUUUUUUCUUUUUGAAUAAUAACAUCAUAAUUUAUAAUUCUUAUCAUAUCUUUAUUAAUGUCAAAAUAAUGAAAUAUCUAUAGAAUGGGAUUACGAUUAGGAAAAACUUUAUAAAUUAUUAAAAAAUGUCUAUUUGAUUUUGAUAAGAUUUAUAAUUGAAAGUAAUAAGUUAAGUUUUAAAAAUUAUAUCCAUCAUCUUUUAAUUAUAUUGAAUGAAAACCUAUUACACCUUAAAUUAAAGGAUUCUUUUUAUAAGGAAAUUUUGGAUUUGAUUGAAAAAGAAUUAUAACCGUUUAAAUAAGAAAAAGUGUUUAAUCAACAUUGUCCAAAUGUAUAACAAUAAAAUGACUUAAAAAAUGAAAAAUAAAAUAUUCAACCUUAAGAUGAUAAAUAAAAUGAAAUAACAAAGUAAGUUAUUCUUCAAGAAAAUUCUGAAAAAACUGAAACAGUACAGUAAUAGGAUGGAAAAGAAUAAAAAAGUCCUAAAAAUCUCAAUUUGCAAAAGGAAGAAAAUCUUAAAUUAGUAUAAGCAAAAGAUGAACAGAAAAUAAAGGUAAAAGAAGAAAAUCAUAAAACUGAAGAAGAUCUGAAUAUCGUUAAUUAAUCAAUUUAAUCAAAUAGAGAAAUAUUUGAAAAAUUUGACAUAAAUUAUUAAAUAUUAAUUUCACUUUAAGUUUAAUUGGAAGUCAGAAAAAACUUUAAUUAUUACUUUAAAUAAUUAAAUAAUAUAAAAUUAAUUGAAGGAGAAAAAAUAAAUUGCCAUAUUAACUUGGAUAAUUUUUAAUAACCUUAAUAUCUACCAUAUAAUCAAAAAUUUAAUACAACAUUGAAUUAAUAAAUAAACGAACUAAAUUUCUCAUACGUAGGUUUUAGAAAUAAAAUGAGAUCUAAAAUGGAAACUGGUAAUAUGAAACUAGCUGAAAUUUAUAAAAAAAUUGAUAAGUUAAAGAAGUAAAAAUCUUUAUUUUUUAUAUUUUUAGAGUAUUACAUACUUGCAUUAAAUAAUUCAAAUAAUUAGGGAUAUCUUAUUCAUUAUUUAAAGAGUUAGUAUUUUUAUUGAAAAGUGUUAGUGAUUUGGAAUCAGAACUAGAAUCAUAAAAGUAAUAAACAAAUUAUAUAUAGACAUACUGAUAUUAACAACAAGUUGGAUGAAAUUAUAAAUAAAGUAAAGCAAUACCCAAAUAAAAAUAAAAAAAAAGAUUAAGUAAAUGAAGAAUCGGCUUUUGGAAAAAUUUUGGCUUAAUUUUGA